GCGAAGGAGAAGCCACUGCCGGGACUCCAUCGAAUCCCCGGGCUCUUAGACUAAAAUCAUGCCCAAGUUCAAGCAAAGAAGAAGAAAACUAAAAGCCAAAGCUAAAAGGUUAUUCAAAAGAAAAGAAGCUUCUUACUUUCAGUCUAAGCUGAUUACACCUCCUCCUCCGCCACCCUCACCAGAAAGAGUGGUUAUUCCUUCAACAGAUACAACCCUUAGCAGAAGCUGGCUGAGACCAUCAUGGAACUUCAAAUUUCCCAAUAUCAAAGAUGCGGUAAAGCUUUGGACAAAUAGAGUAUGGUCUUUAUACAACUGGUGCCAGAACUGCGUGGCCCAGAGUUUAGAAGUAUUGAAAGAUUGCAUCUUUCCAUCCCGUUUCUGCCACCGAGAACUUCAUACCCUAAAACAACGGUUUUGCAUUUUGGAAAGUGAAUUAUGCAAGCUCCAGGAAGCCCUGAAGGCCAUCUCAGAAAAUUCUUGCUGUCCAAGCUGUGGUCAAAGGUGUCACGUGCAUGGUAAACUUAUAAAUGUGCCUGCAUGUGCUCUUCCCACCCUUGGAGACUCCGGAGCUGGACUUCCUCCCUCACUGCCACAACCAGUCAGCCAUCCUCCUCCUCCUCCUCCGCCUCCACCCCCUCCACCCCCUCCUCUGCCUCCGCCUCCACCACUCAGAGCACCUUUGCUGCUCAAAAAGUCUGAUCUCACUAAAGCACUUCAGGCUGGACCACUAAGAAAAGAUGGACCCAUGCAGAUAACAGUUAAAGAUCUACUGACUGUGAAAUUAAAGAAGACUCAGAGUUUUGAUGAACGGAGGAAGCUUGUACCAUCACCAAAGGAAAGAAAUCCACUAGUUACUGUCUCUGACCUGCAGCGUGUUACCCUGAAGCCCAAGUCUAAAGUGUUAUCAACUCGAGUUACAAACGUCUUAAUCACUCCUAGUAAAAGCCAGCUAGAUCUGCGGAAACUACUUAGAAAAGUCAAUGUAGAAAGGAGUCCAGGUGGAACCCCACUUACUAAUAAAGAAAAUAUGGAAACAGGAACUGGGCUGACCCCAGUAAUGACUCGGGCCUUGAAGAGAAAAUUUCAGCUGGCUCAUCCUAGAAGCCCAACUCAAACUCUGCCACUUGCUACAAGCAGCUUUGAUGAACAAAACUGAUGCCAACUCUGCCUGAUUCCAUGUAAUGGUCCAUAAAAUAUACAGAAAAAACUACUCCAGCCCUUUUUUUAAAAAUGUAGCUGGGUAUGUAUAAUUAUAUUAAUAUAUAACUCAUUUGAAGAAUUAAAAUAUGAAUGGAAACUAUAUAUACUGUAAUAUGAAGUGGGUAUUUGGAUAUUUUCUAGUUUAUGUGAUCAAUGAGAGAGCAGAUGGGAAAAUGCAAUCCCCAGAGUGAUGUUUAUCCUGUAAUUAUCCAAUUUAGGUUGGAGAGGUUCUUCAAGUUUAACUAGAUAACUAAUUUGUACUCUAUAAGUGCAGUUACGACAUUAAGAAAGUAACCUGGUGCCCGUUCAUCGUGGGUAUUCUCAGGUAAUUGAAAAGUAUUUCAGCCUGUAAUGCUCAUGCAUUCAUUAAGUGCUACAAAAUUGACCAAUGAAAAAGAUCCUCUAGAUUUUAUAUCUGCUCACUCUAAGCAUUUAUGAGAUAAGACCAUUCCCCAUCCAAACACAACUAUUCCAAAAGGAUUUGAAACAAAAGGUCCCCUGUGACCUUAAAAAUUAGAAUGUAUCAUUUCUAGUUUCUUCUAUAGAUGGUUACAUUUGGCUCACUAAAGUCUGAGAUAUUCCUCGGUUCACUAUCUGCUACCCACUUUCCUGCAGCUAAAUAUAAAUUUCAUAAAGACCUCAACAUGAAUCUUAUAUUUUCCACAGUGCCCCACCGAGGAUUCUCUUAGGUCCAUAGCAGGUUCACUGUAAGACUUGACUCCCUGUCCUCAACAGCCUGUUAGUUCAAUAACAGUAAUCAUGCACACCUCACUGGAUUUUGUUUUUUUCCUGCCAGUACAAGGUUGCCAGAUUUAGCAACCAUAAAUACAUAGCACCUCAUCAAAUUUUAAUUUCAGAUAAACAAGUAACUUUUAAGUAUAAAUAUGUCCCAUAAAGUAUAAGUAUGUCCCAGAUAUUUCAUGGAACUUACUGAUACUAAAAAAUUAUUCAUUGUUUAUCUGAAAUUCAAAUUUAACUGGACAUCUUAUAUUUUAUUUGGCAACCCUAUCAAUCAGUCUCCUACAAAGUUGCCAAGUAUCUCUGGGAGCCCCCAGUUGGUCAGACAUGUCUACUUAGCAUCAGAUACUACUGCAGCUUCAGUCAGAACCCCUAUCACUAAUGUGCUAAAUAUCCUGGAGGAAGAGGAACUCUCAUUAGGGUGAGUGUGACUUUGAAGGCACAGGAUUAGCUUUGAUGCUGAUAACUUUGACUGCAGUUCCAAGAAUAAGGAUAGCAGCUCCUCGUGGAGAGGAAACAAGGGGUUUCAGAUUUUCACUGAACUUUCUAGCCUGACAGGAAGCAGCUACAUAGAUAAUAUCCUUAAAAUAUCCCCUGAUUAGCUUAGGCUAAAAAGGCAUUUUAGCAAUUUCCCAGAAAUGCACGUAUUUCCUCAAAUAAGUAUAGUUUUGAGAUGCCAAAUAGAGUGUUAUGGAAAGUCACCAGACUGGAAAGCAGACCUGGGGGCAAUGUUUUGUUUUUCUGAGAUCUACAUUCAUGUUUAUAUUUGUGGAUGAAAAUUAAACAGCUAAUGAAGUUAAGAGAUAUAUCUGCUUCUAGUACAAAGAAAAAGUUUUUAAAACCUGCUCAUUACAUUUAUAUUAUGUAAAAUAAAGGGAAUGAUCACUGAGAAUAAGACAGGUUUUUGUAACAAUAUUUUAUGGGGCAUUUGUAGUAUUUAUAAUAUUAAUAAACCACUGUGUAUUUGUAUCAAUUUAAUUUAAAUGAUUUGAUCUUUCUUUUGAGAUAAAGAUUCAUUUAAAAAAUAAACUAGCAAUCCUACAGAUAAACAUUUGUAGAGCUGCUGUUACCAUUGUACCAGUAUUAAAAUGUGUCCUACCUUACAUCUUUUACUAAUUUUUAUGACAGGUUUCAUCUUGUACCCAUUUGAGAAUCCUGUAAUUGCUAUGGCUUCAUUAAAUUGUUGCUAUCAUAUGUUUCCAACGUUUAUUUUGAGACUGAAUGUCAACCAGAGAAUAUAAACAACCAAGGUACAUCUGGUUAUGUUUCUAAAUAAAGAAAAAUACAAAA